AUGAAAAAUUCCAUCCCAAGAGAUAUUUUAAUUAAAGAAAUGGAAGAGCUUAUAAAUAAAUUAUUAGAAAUAUUAAGGGAAAAAAAUGAUUAAGAUAAGCCAAUUUUCAAUAACAAUGAUUAUCAUGGUCAUUAGAGAAGUUCAUAAUCAACAGUAGAAUAAACAACCACUUUAAGAGCUGAGUUAGAAUAAUUCAAAUAAGAAUUUGAAAAGGCUAAAUUCAGCUUACUUCUAGUACCACUUGAAAAGAAAGAGUUUUAGGAAUAUUUAUAAAAACAAUCAGAACUUCCAAAAAGUAAAGUUUCAGCUUCAUAUGUGAAUAGUUUUAUCAAUUUUAAUAAUUCAGAUAUUGAUCGACAAAAAGCUGAAGAUAUUAAAUAAUAAUUAUAUAAUUUUGUUCAAAACUAAUAAUAAAAUAAUUAACUCACUUGUGAAACACAUAAAAAAAGAAUUGAAUUUUUAAACUUAUCAAAUGAUCCAAAUAUUUAAAAUAGAACAUUAUGUUCGAGUUGUCCUAAGGGUGGAAUAAAAUUGUCAGAAUUCUUAGAAUAAUAUUUAAUAAAUUUCUUUGAAUUUAAAACAAAUUCAGAAAAAAAAGGAUCUAUUAUAAAUAAAUAAAUAUAAGAUCUAUCUAAUUUACUUCUUUAAAAAAAAAACAUCAAUCAAUUAUACUCUGAUUUAAAUAUAUCAUUAUAAUCAAGAAUAGAAAUUAUUGAUAGAAUUGCUGGAUCUUAAUUAAAUAAUUUUAAUUAUUUAAAUCAUAUGGCUCAAGAUUAUGUAAAGACUUAAGCUAUUUUUCUUAAAUGGAAAUAAGAAUUUGAUGAGAAAUUAUAAGCAAAACUAAAAGAAGACUUUGAAGAUGUAUAAGUUCAAAUAUAAAGUAAUAUUCAAAAUAGGGAAGAUGAAAAACUUAAAAUUUCAUAAUCAAUUCAAAAUCAAUAAUACAAAUUAUUAAAUACAAUAUAAUAACCUUAAAUAUGCUAAGUCUUAACCUUUAAUAGAAAUGAUGAAUUGAUAGCAACAGCAAAAAAUAAUGUAAUAGUUAUAUGGAGUUUUUAUAAAGGCUAAAUGAAAUAUAUUACAGAGUUAAAGGGACAUUAAAAAGAAAUAAGUUGUCUAUUAUUUGAUUAGAAUACAGAAGUAUUAAUUUCUGCUGGUGGAGAUGGUGAUGGCCUUUUAAACCUUUGGAAAUAUCUAGGAAAUAAUUAAUGGAUGUUGUAAAAUAAAAUUGAAAAUACUGUAGGCAUUAAAGUAAUAGUUUUUGAUUCAAACAAAAAAUAUUUAAUUGUUGGAUGUUAAAAAGGCAAAAUUAAAAUAUUUCAAUAUUAUCCAGAAAUACCCUUCAUUGAAUUUGAAUAAGAAAUAGAAUUGGAUUCAAAAUAAGCAAUUUUUGGACUUACCCUUAAUAAUUCUAAAACAACAAUAGUGUCNUUAGAAUAAUUCAAAUAAGAAUUUGAAAAGGCUAAAUUCAGCUUACUUCUAGUACCACUUGAAAAGAAAGAGUUUUAGGAAUAUUUAUAAAAACAAUCAGAACUUCCAAAAAGUAAAGUUUCAGCUUCAUAUGUGAAUAGUUUUAUCAAUUUUAAUAAUUCAGAUAUUGAUCGACAAAAAGCUGAAGAUAUUAAAUAAUAAUUAUAUAAUUUUGUUCAAAACUAAUAAUAAAAUAAUUAACUCACUUGUGAAACACAUAAAAAAAGAAUUGAAUUUUUAAACUUAUCAAAUGAUCCAAAUAUUUAAAAUAGAACAUUAUGUUCGAGUUGUCCUAAGGGUGGAAUAAAAUUGUCAGAAUUCUUAGAAUAAUAUUUAAUAAAUUUCUUUGAAUUUAAAACAAAUUCAGAAAAAAAAGGAUCUAUUAUAAAUAAAUAAAUAUAAGAUCUAUCUAAUUUACUUCUUUAAAAAAAAAACAUCAAUCAAUUAUACUCUGAUUUAAAUAUAUCAUUAUAAUCAAGAAUAGAAAUUAUUGAUAGAAUUGCUGGAUCUUAAUUAAAUAAUUUUAAUUAUUUAAAUCAUAUGGCUCAAGAUUAUGUAAAGACUUAAGCUAUUUUUCUUAAAUGGAAAUAAGAAUUUGAUGAGAAAUUAUAAGCAAAACUAAAAGAAGACUUUGAAGAUGUAUAAGUUCAAAUAUAAAGUAAUAUUCAAAAUAGGGAAGAUGAAAAACUUAAAAUUUCAUAAUCAAUUCAAAAUCAAUAAUACAAAUUAUUAAAUACAAUAUAAUAACCUUAAAUAUGCUAAGUCUUAACCUUUAAUAGAAAUGAUGAAUUGAUAGCAACAGCAAAAAAUAAUGUAAUAGUUAUAUGGAGUUUUUAUAAAGGCUAAAUGAAAUAUAUUACAGAGUUAAAGGGACAUUAAAAAGAAAUAAGUUGUCUAUUAUUUGAUUAGAAUACAGAAGUAUUAAUUUCUGCUGGUGGAGAUGGUGAUGGCCUUUUAAACCUUUGGAAAUAUCUAGGAAAUAAUUAAUGGAUGUUGUAAAAUAAAAUUGAAAAUACUGUAGGCAUUAAAGUAAUAGUUUUUGAUUCAAACAAAAAAUAUUUAAUUGUUGGAUGUUAAAAAGGCAAAAUUAAAAUAUUUCAAUAUUAUCCAGAAAUACCCUUCAUUGAAUUUGAAUAAGAAAUAGAAUUGGAUUCAAAAUAAGCAAUUUUUGGACUUACCCUUAAUAAUUCUAAAACAACAAUAGUGUCAUGCGGAGCGGAUAUGGUAUUAAGAAUACAUUUAUUGGAUUCAAAAUUUAAAUGUAUCAAUUAAAGAGGUUGUGAUUCUGCAGGAAUAAGGGUAUAAUUUAUUGAUGAAUAAUCCUUUGUAUUAGUUCAAAAGAAUGGGUGGUUGAUUUAUUAUUAAAUUGAAUGGUAAACAAUUAAGGAAAUAUAAAAAAUUUCAUUAUCUUCAGAAAAUCGUGAUUAUAUUUACUCCCCUAUAUAUUAUAAUUCAGUGAAAAGGCUCUUAAUUGUUAAACAUUACAGAACAAUACAUUUUUUACGAAGAUUGAACAAUGGAACUUUUGAAAAGAUAACUUACUUAAAAUAUCAAUCGAAUAUUCUAUAUGCCACCAUAUCGAAUGAUGGAAAUUACUUAGUCACUUGGAUUGAUUAAGAAAAAGAGUAAAAGAUAGAAGACUAAAGAAUUCUACAAUAUCAAAUAUAUGGGUUAUAAUUUUGA